CAGGAGUUAUUUCCUGUUUGCCUUUGGCACGUUAUGUCUACGCUUUGGUAGACUUGUGGCUAGCGUUGACUGAUAUUGUGUACUUGUACAAGCUAAAAUGAUGAAUAUUCGUCGCUGUACGAAACUGAUAUCACCAGUAUUUAAAAGUCGUGUUUUACUGGAGCAGACGUGUGUUUUUAGAAGCGUUUGUUCGGCCUUCAAAGCGCCCUGUAACAGUCAUCACAGUCCGUGUUUGUCUCGACGUUUUACAGCUAAUGUAUCCUCAAGUCAGCGCUGGAAUCAUGUACACAGCAGUCAGUCAGACACUAAAAGGUUUUAUUCAGAGAUGUGUAGUGAAAGCAGUGAUUCAAAGAGAAGUGCUGGCGUGUUUCAAGAGGAAUCACAUGAGAUGGAAACUGACAGCAGUCAAAGAUCCUCUGAGAUCUUCUCUCUCGAUGUGCUUGUGUCUCUGCUGCGUCAGGAAAACGCAGUAGACAUCUGUGUGAUUAAAGUACCGCAGCAGAUCAAAUACGCAGAGUACUUCAUUGUUGUCAGCGGCGUAUCAGUGAGACACCUCCGCGCAAUGGCGUCAUAUGCCAUCAAAGUGUACAAGUUUUUGAAGAAAAAGAAUCAAGCGAAUGUCAGAAUCGAAGGAAAGGAUGCAGAUGACUGGAUGUGUGUUGACUUUGGAAACAUGGUUGUUCACUUCAUGCUACCAGAGACCAGAGAACUGUAUGAACUGGAGAAACUCUGGACACUCCGCAACUAUGAUGAGCAGCUGAAGAGCAUGCCUGAGGAGACGCUGCCAGAGGACUUCAUAUAUGAUGCAGAAGUCACAAAGUGACAACACAACACGCAUCAUCUAAAUUGUGGACAGACUUUACUCUGUAACUUUUAAUGCAUCCAUUUGACGUUUAGUGGGCAUUAGGUGGUAUUUUUAAAAGAACACUGUUAUGUUUGAAUGAUUUGAGUCCGCUGAAUUAAAUGUUUUUUAAAAUAUAUUAUGAUGGUUGAAAAUAAAUUUUUAAUACCAUUUGCGGGA